AUGACAACAAGCCGAGCUUUUGUCCGUCGUAUGCAGAGGAGCUUCAUUACAGACACUUUUAUUCGAAAUGGGAGUAAACUCAACAAUCAUGAAGCAGCACAUUCCUCGAGACCCAACUCUUGUUCGCUUUGUACUUCGGACCUGAGCACCUUUCGUGGCCAUCAGGGCGUCUUGAAUGGGAACUUGAGUCCGCCGAAUGGGUGGUUCAAUUCUCUCACGAUCCAUCGAGCAGGCCUCACAUCGCCACUGACUUCCACACUUUUACAUCGUCUCUCGAAGGACUGCCUCCUCCCGAUCGGAAUGGACCCAGCGGCAGAAGAUGUGGCGUUUCGGGCAGACCAGGCGGCUUCUAAAUCACACUCUUACAAUGGCAUUACCGUCAUCACUUGCACUCGAUGUGAGUGUGUCUUCCCAUCGUCUGUGCGUCUUUAA